AUGUUGACUAUUUAAGAUUGGAUAAUUUUACAGCAAGGAGGAAAUGCACAUACAUAAACUAGUUCACCAGAAAUAUAUGUAGAAGACAAUAAAGCCUGGUUUAGGAUAGGAAUCACUAAAAACUUAACUUCGUAUACAGUAUUUCACAAUCUUAAGCCUGUAAUCUAAAAAGACGAUCAAAUAUUCAGUGAUAUCUAAAGGCAGAAAUGCAAUCGAUUUUCUAUAAAAGAAGAAUUAAUGGAUACAUAAUACUAUGCUAGGAGACAAAUUGACUAUCCUAGAUAUUAGAAUAUCACUACUGCUGAUACCCAGAGUAAAAGUCUUAGAAUCGAAACUCCAAUCGUAUUACCUGGAAUCCUAAGAUAAGUUGAAAGUUAUACAGUUGAAUUCUGGGUGUAAUUCAAAGUUCUGCCAGAAUAACCUAUUUAGCUAUUUGGUGAGUGUGAAACUGCGGCUAUAUGCUCUGAUAUGCAAAUUUCCUUAAAAGUUUAAAAUACACCUUUUUUAAAGCAUAAAGUCGCUACUAGCUACGAAUCUAGCUGGUUAUUUACCUUGGGUGAAACUCCAAAUUUUUUGACUUGGAAUUACUUAGCCUUUUCCUUUAUUGGUGAAUCAGAUAUUAAUUAUUACAGAUUUAUACUCAACUCGAUUAUAAAAGAAGAAUCUAGAACUGAAUCUACAACUGAUUAGUCUUAUAAUAACUAUGGAAAAAUACCGAUCAAAAAUUAAAACAAAAUUUGGGAUGACAUAUUACUUACUCUGUGCUACAACGGAACUUAUUACGACAUAAAUACAUAGUCUUGUAGUUAAUAAGUAAAUGAAAUUGAAUAUAUUAUAAAGAUGACUGGCACGACAAAUCUCGGUUAGAGAGGUAUCACAGUUUCUUGUGAUAAAGCUUUUAUUAUUGAGUUUUGGAUAUUAGCUUUAUCAAACAGUACUUAAAAUAGAAUUAUAAAAAUUAAAGAUGGAUCAUUAUUCGAUUAAAACUAUGUGUAUUACACUGCAUAAAAUGAUCUAGGAUAUCUUAAGAGCUAAUAAGCUCCAUUUUAAUUACUAAAUGAUAAAAUAAAUCCUUCUCAAUGGAACCAUUUCAUAUAUCUGUUGACAAACAGAAAAGCUAGUUUUUAUUUCAAUCAGCAGUAUGUUUAAGACAUUCAAGGAGAUGCUUCAAUUAAUGCUUAAAAAAUUUAUCUUUGCUAGGAAGGCUUAUUUCAAGGCUAUCUCAAAGAGUUAAGAUUCUACUCAGAUUUUAGCGAUGAAAACUGUUUGUCGAAAGUGGGUCUUCUACCUUGCAAUAAGAUAAGUUCAUAUUUAAUCAUGCUCUUAAGGUGA